UGGAUUUAAACGUUGCAGCGGGAGGGGCGGGCUCGGCCCGCGGCGCAGCGCUACGCGGCGUUCGGUGGCGUUCCGCUCCCGGUUCCGCCAUGGUGGUGCCGGCGCGGCGCGUGAAGACGGAGUACAUGAAACGCUUCAAGGAGCCCAAGUGGGAGUCGUGCGGCGCCUGCUACCUGGAGCUGCUGCGCUAUCGCCUCAGCCGCCGCCUCCUGGAGCAGGCGCACCGGCCCUGGCUGUGGGACGGCUGGGAGCAGGACAGCGCCGGCGGCAGCGGCAGCAGCACCGCCGGGUCGCCCUCGCCGCCGGGAGCGGGCAGCCCUCCGCCCGCGCAGGAGGAGGAAGCGGCGGAGGCGGGCGGCGGCGAGGCGGGACGGGCCAGCCCCGAAAAAGAAAGACAAGAUCAAGAAAAGCAUCAGAAGGAAGAGCAAGAAAAAACUGUAGAACAUACUGAACAUACUUCCACAAAGGAAACAGAUAAAACUUCCACGAAGGAAGCAGAUAAAACCAGCCGUACAGGACGACGUCCAAGCCAAAGUGCCUUGUCCAGUCGUAAUGAUCGAAGAUCAGCCAAAAGUCCUCAAAAGACAGAUGCGCCGAAGGAGAAUAAACAUCCAUUUGCUCUGUAUGGGUGGGGAGAAAGACAGACAGAUACUGGAAGCCAGAAAACUCACAAUGUCUGUGCUUCUGCUUCAGCGAAUGAAAUUCAUGAAUCUGCUCUGCGAGCUAAGAACAGGAGACAAGUGGAGAAAAGGAAGCUUUCUCAGAGGCGAGUACGAUCAGCAGAAGCAGAGAAAGCUUGGCGGAUAAAGCCUUCCCCACCAGAUAACCCUUGGAUGACAGAGUAUAUGAGAUGCUACUCAGCCAGAGCUCGGUGAAUUUGGAUUCCUCUAGGCAUCUUCAUAAAAGUUAUGCAUAUCAGGACACUGGUGCACGGAACCAAACUACUUUAUGCAAGGGUUUUAUAGGGAGUUUCCAGCUAUUUAAAGUAUUUGUUGAAGUAUUUUUAUCUCGGCUACCUACCUCACAGUGGGGUGUCUAGUUGGAGCCAUAAUAUUUGAAGAGGCUUUUAGAUAUAGCUAACCAAAUUUUUAAACCAUUCCCCUUUUGGGAAUCUUUCUAAUGAGUUUCAAUUGACUUGCUUUGAGGGGGGAGGGAGGCUUUGCAUACUGGCAAUCAAAACAAACACUUAAUGAUCUUGGCUAUGAAUAAUCUGGUGCCCCUAACCUUAAAAGAUCAAGUCCUCCAAACCAUGGGGAGGUGGUGUUGGGGGGGAGGGGGGACUUAAAGGGUGUGACGGAGGUGCCUUUGCAUUUAUAUUACUAUUGAGUCAAUACUUUGCCUAUUCUAAUACAAUUAGUUUGGUAACAGGAAAGCAAGUAGGUGUGGUAAGCAGCAUUAUUAGGUGUAGAUGCUUCAGACAGACAAAGGCCAAGUGUUGUCUGUACACAGAAGCUUUCAAAAAAAAAAAAAAGAUGGAUUAGUACAUCUGCUGAUACUUAAUUUUCAUUGCUGCUUCCAAGGUUAUUGUAAUAAAUUACUAAUUUUCAGA